AUGGAUUCAUUAGAAUUACUAGCUCGCGAAGAUGAAUUCAAAAAGUUGAAUAAACAGUUGGAGAAAAAAACUGAAAGUUUAAUGAAACAAAUUGAACAAAGCAUGCAUAAACAAGACUUUUUUGCUGAAUUUUCACCUAGUCUCAAAUUAUCACCUGUCCACACAACCAAGAAGCACAACUGUAAUACACACAGAACUGAUACACCACCGCAAACACAACCAAAAUACCAAAACAAAAAAACUAAAAGUGAUAGCACAGAACAACACAGAAGUAGCAGUAAAUUUGAAAAUAGAAGCAGCACAACACUUAAUAACGCACCAACCAAUGAUAGAUGUGAUACGAAAUUUGAAAAUAAAACUGCAAGAAGUAAUUUAAAGAAUGAAAUUGGAAGUGAUGUUAGCAGUAAUGUCAGUGAUAAUGAGCAUAGCAUAGAACAGAAUAGAAGCAGAAUAGCAUGUGAUUGUUGUGUUAAUAGAAAUAAUAUUGAGGAUAAGGAGUUUUUAUAUGCCUUUGUCACAGUUAAUGUUAAGAAUAAAGUGUUGCCACAGUCAUUUUUAAAAGACAGACCUGCGGUAGAGAGCGUGUGCAAAUUCCUGUCUUCCAAGGUGAAGUUGAUGCAAGAACAGAUAGACAAGAUUCAGAGUACACUGGACAAAAAGGCUUCGCAGUGUGACUCUCACCUGACUCAGCUGGCGGACCUGGAAAGUGAGAGGAUGACACUCCUGAAUAAAUGUAACAACUUGAAGGCUAGCACAGCUGAUAUGAAAGCUAAGUAUAUGGCUCUACAGCACAGACUGGAGGAGAAAGAGAAACAAUACCUAGAACAACGCAGCUUAUCCGACAAGCUGUCGUGUGAAGUGAAACAGCUUCGAACCCAAACCAUUUCGCUGGAAGCAAAAUGUGCCACUCAGCAGGAGAGUGUUGACAACUUGACGCAGCAACUCGUAGUUGUCAAGAAAGCUGAUAAGGAAUUCAAAGAGUCUACGCGGUCACUUUCUGUUUCGCACCAGAACGCAAUCUCUGAGUUAGAGAUGCAACUAAAAGCCCAAGUUCACCGCAUGGAAAAACAGAUGGCGCUGAUCGACAAUUUGCGGCGGCAAAACGUUUUGUUAAGCACAGAGGCAGCUGUCAACGGUCUUGAAAAAGACUACUGCGCAUACUUGGAGAAAGAUUUUUGA